UCUCAGUCAUGUUGAUAAUAUGAAGAACAUGGAAGACAUACUUGGUGAUAUUUUAUCUCCGAGUAGUGGUGCUCCCCUGUGUCAUCAGCGCACCGUCACAAAAGGGCUACGUCAUUCGCCGACUCACCGCUCGCGCACGGUUCGCCUCCGCUUCACUUGCCUUCCAGCUCCAGUUUUCUGGAAAGCCAAGAGCUUGGAACUUGCGUUAAGUGGUUCAUCUUCAGUUUUUCCUAUGGAAGUUGUUCACGUGCCCCUUCAAGCUUUGUAUUCUUGGGGAUUUGUGAAUCACUGUUUGAAAACCCCUUCUUUAAAACUAUUUACGACACAAAGUGAGAAAUCAGUUAUAAAGUAUCGU